AUGGCUAUGGCGGAGACCAACGAAAACCCAGAAGCAAUGGAGCUUAACUUUCUAGACUCGAGAGAGUCAAGUGACUCGAACUCAGACUUAGACUCAGAAGAUGAAGCACAACAAAAAUUUGAGCUUCAAAACAUCGUGUCCCAGCUUACCAAUGAGCCCUCCAACUAUGAAGUCCAUGUUCAAUACAUAAGGGUUUUGAGGAAGAUGGGUGAGAUUGAGAAGUUGAGACAAGAAAGAGACGCUAUGAAUGAGAUUUUUCCAUUGACUCCUGUUAUGUGGCCAGAGUGGGCUCGAGAUGAAGCUUCUAUUUCUACUAGGUAUGCAUUUCUGGGGAUUGAGAAGAUUUAUGAAAGAAGAGUUUCUGAUUAUCUGUCUGUCUCACUUUGGUAUGACUGCUUCAGAUUUAUGCAAGAAUAUGAUCCAUCUGUACGUGAAUUUUCACCUGAUGAUAUUGCAAAGGCAAGAAAUCUCUUUGAGCAUGCUAUAACUGUUGCUAGUUUGUAUGUUGCUAAAGGCAGUAAAAUAUGGGAAGCAUAUAGGGAAUUUGAGCAAGCCAUUCUCCAUAGCAUAGAUGAGAUCAGCAUACAGGAAAAAGAAAAACAAGUUCAGCAUAUCCGAAGUAUAUUUCACCGUCAGUUGUCUGUUCCCCUUGCUAACUUAAGGUCAAUCCUUCUUGCCUACAAGUCUUGGGAGGUGGAACUGGGGACUGCUCUAGAUAUUGAAUCAGGUGAUUUAGAUGGGAUUUCUUCUAUUGUUGCCUCAGCGUACCAAAAGGCAUUGGAGAUGUAUAAUGCUCGAGCCGAUUUUAAAGAACAGAUUGCAAGGUAGGAUAUAUCUGACUCCGAAAAAUUUCAACAUUUGCAAAUCUACUUGAAGUUUGAACAGUCUUCUAGAGAUCCAGCCCGUGUUCAACUUCUCUAUGAAUGUGCUAUUACUAAGUUUCCUGUAUCAAGUGAUCUCUGGCUUGGUUAUACUCGCUAUUUGGAUAAAACCUUGAAGGUAGGAAAUAUUGUGUGGGAUGUUCAUUCUGGGGCUAGGAAAAAUUGUCCUUGGGUUGAUGAUCUUUGGGUUCGAUCUUUGCUUGCUUUGGAACGUUGCCGUGCACCUGAGAAAGAGAUAUCUAUUGUCUUUGAGAAGUCCCUUUUAUGCACUUUUUCAACCAUUGAGGAAUAGCCAAACUUAUUCCUCACUCGGGUGGAUGGUUUAAGAUGAAGAAUCCUUUUGCCUGGAGCAGAAGAGGAUGCAUUGAAUUUUUCAUGGAUAAGGGAAACGUUUCAGGUUUGCAUUGAUAAGAAUACAGAUGGUUUGCUGCAUUUGUAUGCUUUUUAGGCUCAUUUGGAGCUAAAUUUGGGAAAAGAUCAAGCUGCAGCUCGGGACUUUUGGGAGAGCCUAGUUAAGAUCUGCGGGUCAAUGUUGGAAGCCUGGCAAGGUUAUAUAGCUAUGGAAAUUGAAUUGGGACAUUUAAAUGAAGCUAGGUCCAUCUACAGGAGAUGCUGCAUUAAAAGAUUUAGUGGGAUAGGUUCAGAGUAUUUAUUGAAUGUAUACAAUCCUUGCUAUUUUAACUCAAUGCGUAAAGAUGCUUGUCUUUGUUCCCUUUCUCAGGUUACACCCCGCCUGGAAGAGCUGCAAUUAUUUAGGUUACAACAGGAAGCCAAAUCUGUUCCUGAACUAAUAGAUCAGAAAGAGAAGUCACAUAAGAAAAGUGUUAAUGGAAAGAGAAAAACAUAUUCAAACAUGACUGACAAACAGUUACCAGCUAAGCGGUAGAAAAAUACUGCCCAAAACCCAAACAAAGUGUAUGGGAAAGAAAAGGGACAAGCACAGAACUUAGUUAAAGAAAACGAAGUAGAAGCAAAACCCAAGUUUGAAGAGCAUCCAAAUGACCAGCACAUCAAAGACUUCACCACUGGAAGAGCCAAAGUAUACACUAACGAGUGUACUGCAUUUUUAUCAAACCUUAACUUUAGGGGAAGUAGAGAUUCUCUCGCAACUUUUGAAGAUCUGAAAAAAUUCUUUAGCGAUGUUUGUGGGGUUGAAUCUCUAUAGGACAAGUUCACCGGAAAGUCAAGGGGCUUGGCAUAUGUGGAUUUUGCUGAUGAUGCACACCUUGCUGUAGCUGUAAGAAAGAAGAAACAACUGUUUCUUGGGAAGAAGAUAAGCAUUGCAAGAUCAAAUCCGAAGCAAAAGAGAAAGGAUUCUGCUAGUCAUGAGGCCUCUGGAGAACAUGCCAAUUCUACUAAUGCUUGUUCCAGUAACAGUUCAACACUGCCCUAUAUAAUUUUCCAGCAUAGCCUAUCUUUAAUAGCUUCUAAUCCCCAAGUAGUAACUGGUUCUCAGACUGUUCCUAGCAAUCCAGUAGUUGCUACUUACUCUUUAGCAGCAGGUACAACUUCUUCACACUUAUCUGAUUCAUCUUUACCUAGUACCUCUAAAAUUGCUGAUAGUUCUACUCAUAUUCCUUCUUUAAUUCCACAUAAGGUUACUACAGAAAAAUCUAGUUCUUCAUUAAAUACCACUCGAUCAAAAUCUUUCCCAUCUAACUCAAAAAGUCAUAAUCCAGUGUCUCAACUACUUGCUAUUUCUUCCUCUAAUAAUUUGCCAAAAUGUCAUAUUGAAGUUGACUUAGUUACUCCAAUACCAGCCUGUGAUCUUGCAUCUAGUUGUAAGUCCUAUAUAGAUUUACAGAUUGCUCAAUCUCAAUCCAUCCUAUCUUGUUCUUCUCCAUCUCUAUUACCUACUAGUCCAUCAUCAUGUGCUCCAACAAAUUAUCAACUUGAGGUUGACCUUACUGCUUCACAGUUCACUAAUGUUCAACUUCAACCUGUUAAUUCUCACCCUAUGAUUACAAGAGCUAAAGCUGCAACUGGUCAUGUUGAUUUAACCUGUGAGUCCUUGGAUCAUGCUGUUUGCCUUACAGCUAGUCAAUCCCUUAUAGAAUCAGAACCUGUGAUUGUUGCUGAAGCAUUAAAAACUGCAGUUUGGAAAGAGGCUAUGCAGAAGUACAAAGCCAGACUAGUGGCUAAGGGUUUUCAACAAAGUCUUGGUUUGGACUACUUUGAAACAUUUAGUCUAGUUAUAAAACCAUCCAUCAUCAGAACAGUUCUCACUCUAGCAAUAACCAAUGCAUGGGAUGUUCAACAGAUUCAUGCCAACAAUACGUUCCUUAAUGGCACUCUAAGUGAGCUAGUGUUUAUGCAGCAACCAAGUGGCUUUGAAUUAGCUGCUUAUCCCUCAUAUGUGUGUAAAUUAAACAAGGCUUUAUAUGGCCUUAAACAGGCCCUUAGGGCCUGGUUUGAUAAACUCAAGGCUACUCUCCAAGACAAAGGCUUUCAAAACUCAGUUUCAGAUUCAAGAUCACUCAAAUACUUUUUAGGCUUGGAAGCAAUCAGGACAACAGCUGGUAUACAUCUCAGGCAGUCCAAAUGUGCCUCAAACUUGCUUGUUAAAACCAGAAUGAUGGAUGCACACCCAUGCUCUACACCAAUGGUUGUUGUUAAUCAUCUUCGUCAGUUUUUACAAGCCCCAACUGAGUUACAAUGGCAAGCUUGCAAGAGAGUUCUGAGAUAUGUUAAAGGGACACUGCAUUAUCGGCUUCAAUUUAAACCAGCAAUUUCCUUGAAUAUUGAGUGUUAUGCGGAUGCGGAUUGGGGUAGUAAUGUUGAAGAUAGAAGAUCUACUAGUGGGUAUUGUGUCUACCUUGGACCUAAUCUAAUCCAGUGGAGCUCCAGGAAACAAAAAGUUGUUGCAUUAUCAUCCAUUGAAGCUGAAUACAGGGCUUUAGCACAAAUUGCUAUAAAGGUUGCAUGGCUUCAAAGUAUGUUCACUGAACUCAACCUUCACUUGCCCUCAAAACCUGUAAUUUGGUGUGACAAUACAAGUGCUGGAGCCUUAGCUUCAAGUCCGGUCUUCCAUGCCAGAACAAAGCAUAUAGAAAUAGAUGCUCACUACAUUAGGGAGCAAGUUCUUGCCAAGAAUCUGACCGUUCAAUAUGUACCAUCGAAAUUGCAGAUUGCAUAUAUAUUAACAAAGGCAUUGUCUGUUGUUCAAUUUUCUAAGGUGAGACUGAAACUAAAUGUGAUUGCAGUUCCCUGUGCUACAUACUGA